AUGUACAUUCUUUUGUGGGCCCUAAUGACACUACUUGAUCCAUGACGCACUUUGGCUUAUUUAAUAUACAUUGGAUAUCGUGGUGGUGCUGCUAAAGUGUUUCAUGUUACUAGGAGAAAAUUAGCCGAUCGUGAGGAGCAAGUAACUGAAAGAAAUGUCUUUCGCUGCUUUGUUUUUGGCUCUAAAAAUGCUGGAAAGUCUACACUGUUGGAUUCAUUUUUGGGAAGGCCUUUCUCAGAAUAUUAUUAUCCAACAACUUCUGACCGAUAUGCAGCAAAUGUGGUCGACCAGCUUGGGGGAACUAAGAAGACACUUAUUUUGCAAGAAAUGUCCGAAGAUGGAGUGAAAGAAGUUCUCUCUUAUAAGGAAUAUAUGGCAACCUGUGAUGUUGCUUUAUUCGUCCAUGAUAGUUCAGUUGAACAUUCACAGAAAAGGACAAAGGAACUACUGGAGGAGGUUGCCAGGCAAGGGGAAGUCAGCGGUCAUGGGGUGCCAUGCCUUCUUAUUGCAGCCAAGGAUGACUUGGAUCCAUGUCAAAUCACCGUACAAGAUUCAGCAAUGGUUAGUCAGGAGAUGGGAAUCAAGCCUCCCAUUCGUGUAAGCAUGAAAGUAGAAGAUUCCAAAAAUUUAUUCAGCAGAAUUGUGAGGGCAGCUGAGCACCCUCAUUUGAACAUUCCUGAAACUGAGGUCGGGAAGGGCAGGAAGCGAUACCGCCAUCUUGUCAACAAUUCACUUAUGUUUGUUUCUGGGUCUGCCGUUACUAUUGUUGGACUGGCAGCUUACCAAGCCUAUGCUACUAGGAGGAAUUCUAAAUGUCAGGAGCGAAAGCUAUGUUUAGCAGUAAACUUUAAGACGUGGGCCCUAAUGACACUACUUGAGCCACGACGCACUUUGGCUUAUUUGAUAUACAUUGGAUAUAGUGGUGAUGCUGCCAAAGUGUUUCAUGUUACUAGGAGAAAAUCAGCCGAUCGUAAGGAGCAACUAACUGAAAGAAAUGUCUUUCGCUGCUUUGUUUUUGGCUCUAAAAUUGCUGGAAAGUCUGCACUGUUGGAUUCAUUUUUGGGAAGAUUUAGUGGCAUUUUUCUAUGUUUUCAGCAUUCUGAUAUCUCGUACAUUGUGUUAUGCAUGUUCCCAUUGUCUUGGGAUGUUACAAAUUUGAUGAUGAUGGUGCAGGGAACUAAGAAGACACUUAUUUUGCAAGAAAUACCCGAAGAUGGAGUGAAAGAAGUUCUCUCUUAUGAGGAAUAUAUGGUAACCUGUGAUGUUGCUUUAUUCGUCUAUGAUAGGGAACUAAGAAGACACUAUAUUGCAAGAAAUACCGAAGAUGGAGUGAAAGAAGUUCUCUCUUAUGAGGAAUAUAUGGCAACCUGUGAUGUUGCUUUAUUCGUCUAUGUAGUUCAGUUGAACAUUCAUGGAAAAGGACAAAGGAACUGCUGGAGGAGGUUCCGGCAAGGGGAAGUCAGGGUCAUGCGGGUGCCAUGCCUUCUUAUUGCAGCCAAGGAUGACUUGGAUCCAUGUCAAAUCACCGUACAAGAUCAGCAAUGGUACAGAACUUCUUUGGCUACUUAG